GGGGAGGUGAGUACCUAAUUACAUAACUUGUGAAGAUAAUAAAUAAUACACCUAAGCAUUCUACGACGUCAGCGCACGCUAAUUAUUACAAAUUGGGUAUCCGGUCCCUUGCCUAUCGCAGUAGCUUCAGGCGUGAGACAUUAGUAAGUGUUAGUACCUGCCAUGUACCUAAACAAAUCAUAAAAUAGAGGAGUUCCUCCCGUCCCGUGUCUUGAUUCGGCACCGUAAUCGGCAUUUCCACUCUCCGCUCUCUCCCCAAGCUGGACGGAAUAUACUAAUUUAAACUUCACCCAUGUGUAACCGUCUUAAGGCUUUAUACAUAAGACCUUUAUGCCCCUUAUUCGGUCUGCUCUAAAUAUAUCAUCACCUCGUUCGCUAUUGGGAAGAAUACCCCACGCCGUAUUCGCUGCUACUCAGACUAAUAUAUUUCUCACCCACCAACGAUCUUUCAAAAUGUCCGUCUCGACAGAGAAAGAGGCGGCGAUCAAGCGGAACCCGCACUCGGAUUUCAACAGCGUCCAAGCCUCGCGGCCGGACUGGGACAAGGCGUCGCAUUUGCGGUACACGAAAGCCGCGGAUCCUACGUGGACGCUCGGGUCCGGAGCCAAUGCUACCCGCGCAGCCGACGCGGAUGGCAAGAAACACGUGUGCAUCGACCCGUACGAGCCCGGGCGGCCCGCGCCCUUCAACUACAAGCUCCUGAUCUCAGGCAUCGUUCCACGGCCCAUCGGCUUCGUGUCCUCGCAGUCCAGCGACGGUAAAACGCGGAACCUAGCCCCGUUCAGUUACUUCAACAUGGUGAACCACGACCCCCCGCUGUUCGUCGUGGGGAUUGCCUCCGGGCUCGAUAACCCGAAGGAUACGUUGAGGAAUCUGGUCGAGAGCAAGGAGUGCGUGGUUAAUGUCAUCGGCGAGGACUUCGUCGAGGCGGCUAAUGCGACGAGUGUGGAUUCCCCGUAUGAUGUCUCUGAGUGGGAUAUUAGUGGCCUGACGCCCGCGUUUGAUACGGUGGAUGUGAAGGCUCCGAGGGUUAAGGAGGCCGUUUUUAGUGUGGAGUGUAAGCUGGAGAGUGUGCGUGAGUUCGAGAGUAAGGCUACUCCCGGGAAGAAGAGCGGGUGCUUGGUUGUGCUUGAGGGCACGCGGUUCUGGGUGCGUGAGGAUGCGCUUAAUGAGGAGCGUAAUUUGAUUGAUCCCGAGGUGUUGAGGCCGAUUAGUCGGUUGGGUGGGAUUACGUACGGACGUGUGACGGAGGUAGCGGAGAUUUUGAGGCCGAGCUUUGAGAAGGAUGUUGGUGGAAGGGAGGGGUAUGAGAAGUUGAAGAAGGCAAAUGGGGAUGGGUCUAAGUGAUUUAUGGCUGAGGCUUUCUUUGGUAGGGAGGUAUAGCCAUGGGGAUAGGGUUUGAUGGCGUAUUUAGUCGGCUUUAGGGUAUAGAACGCUACCUAAUGGUUAUAUUAUGUUAGAAGGGCUUACGAUGUAGACACAAGUU